CUUUGGUUAACAGGAGAGUGUGGAGAUGUUAGAGAGUCUUCAGAAUGAUAAGAUUCAAUUGAAAAAGAAGGUGGAGGCGCUUGAGAGUCUAAUAGAGGAUUCGAGAGAGGAGGCCGCAUGGAAGAGACAACAACAGGAGUUCCAAAGGUUUGUUGACUUUCAAGUCAAUGCUUUGCAGGACUUGAGAGCGGCCUCAGAAUAUAUGAAAAAAGAACUGUUGGAGAAUAGAAGACGACACUUAAAGGAGCUAAGUGACUUGGGAGUAAUAUUGAACGGGUUAGUAGCAGAUGCUACUCAAAAUUACCAGCAGGCUCUUGCAGAAAACAGGUGGCUAUACAAUAAGAUGCAAGAAUUGAAAGGAAAUAUCAGAGUGUACUGUAGAAUUAGACCAAUCCUUCCAGGUCAAAGCACGAAAGAGAAGACAGUUAAUAGUAUUGGCGAAUUGGUAAUUUCAAAUCCCAAGCAGGGAAGAGACAGCACUUGGCUGUUCAAGUUCAACAAGGUGUUUGGUCCUACUGCAACACAAGAGGAGGUCUUCUCGGACACUGGACCAUUAAUUCAGUCUGUUUUUAACGGAUGUAAUGUUUGUAUAUUUGCCUAUGGUCCUACUGGAUCAGGAAAAACAUAUACGAUGAGUGGAUCUGGUGCAUCAUCAAGGGAGGAUUGGGGUGUCAAUUAUCGGGCCCUAAAUGAUCUUUUUCAAAUUGCACAAAGCAGAACGGAUGUUUCAUAUGAAGUUGUGCAAAUGGUUGAAAUAUAUAAUGAGCAAGUUCGUGAUUUACUUUCAAAUUAUGGACUUCAUACAAGAUAUCCUUUCCAUAUGGUUUCUUUCUAGUUUU